CUUUACUUAUUCCUUCCGAUCUUCACAGUUCCGGUUCUCUCAUUCCGGUUCACAUAAAAAUCCCAAAUCCCCCAAAUAAACCAAACCGGAAAAUCUCCUUGCUCCAAUGGAAGCUCACGGCGGAGGUCUCCGCCGCGUCCUUGUACUCGCCUUCUGCGUUGCCGGAAUCUGGUCGGCUUAUAUCUACCAAGGCAUUCUUCAGGAAACACUGUCAACGAAGCGAUUUGGUCCAGACGGUGAAAGAUUCGAACACCUUGCGGUAUUGAACUUGGCACAGAACGUGGUGUGUUUAAUCUGGUCAUAUAUAAUGAUAAAGAUAUGGUCUGGUGGAAAUUCUGGUGGUGCUCCUUGGUGGUCUUAUUGGAGUGCUGGAAUUACUAACACCAUUGGUCCUGCUAUGGGAAUUGAAGCUUUGAAGUAUAUUAGUUACCCUGCUCAGGUGCUGGCAAAGUCCUCAAAAAUGAUACCAGUUAUGCUGAUGGGUUCACUCGUAUAUGGUAUAAGAUACACCUUUCCAGAAUACCUUUGUACCUUCCUUGUUGCUGGAGGGGUUUCAACAUUUGCACUACUAAAGACUAGCUCAAAGACUAUCAGCAAGCUGGCACAUCCAAAUGCUCCCCUUGGAUAUGGGCUAUGUUUCUUGAAUCUUGCUUUUGAUGGGUUUACUAAUGCAACCCAGGAUUCCUUAAAAGCAAGGUACCCGAAAACAAGUGCUUGGGAUAUUAUGUUGGGCAUGAAUUUAUGGGGAACAAUAUACAAUAUGAUUUACAUGUUUGGAUGGCCCAGUGGCAGUGGAUUUGAGGCAGUUCACUUUUGCAAACAGCAUCCAGAGGCAGCAUGGGAUAUUUUUCUCUAUUGUUGCUGUGGUGCUGUAGGACAGAACUUUAUCUUCUUGACUAUAAGCCGGUUUGGCUCUUUGGCUAACACUACCAUCACUACCACUCGAAAAUUCGUUAGCAUUGUAAUAUCUUCACUAUUGAGUGGGAAUCCCCUUUCAACAAAACAAUGGGGGUGUGUUUCUAUGGUAUUCUCUGGAUUAUCAUACCAGAUUUAUCUCAAGUGGCAGAAGUUGCAGAGAUUGCAGAAGAAGAGAAAAGCCACAUGAAGACCUGCAGAAUUUUUUGAAGUCCGUCAAUUCUAUUUUAGCUAAUUUGUCCUUCAACCCUCGAUAUAUAAAUCAUUAAAACCUUGAAGGUUCAAUGAACCAGAUUUAGGUUUAUAUAUACAAAGGAAUAUUAGUAAAUUGUAAUUGGAUAGAUUCCUUUUGAUAAGUGAAAAGUUUAGAGCCCAUUUUCUUUUUAAUUGUGCUAAUUUUUAGUUGUCUGAGCAUUGUAAGAACAGCUAGUUUUAAUCUUAUAGCACUCUAAGGCUAAGCUAUACUCUAUGUAAACAAGAUUUUCAGAUUAUCUCAUCUUUUGUUUUGUUCUUUCAAA